UUCCAGGUUCGAACUACUGCGGGUGACGUCUAUUCCUGCGGGCUUGUAUUCGGCUGGAUCUGAGCUCUGGAGCCGAAACAUUUGUUUGAAUCAGUUGACUCAUUGGCCAAGAUGGGCUGCGCUGGAUUCACCUGCUCCAAACACUCCCUGUGCGCACUCAACAUUCUCUAUGUUUCUGUGUGUCCGUACUACAGAUGGUGAGCCUGCUGAUGAUCGGCAUCGCAGCGUGGGGGAAAUGGUUUGGUCUGGUCUCCAGUUUCCAGGUGGUGGGAGGCAUAAUUGGUGUGGGCGUCUUCCUAUUCUUUGUGGCCUUAGCCGGCCUCAUUGGGGCCAUGAAGCAUCACCAGGUCCUGCUCUUCUUUUACAUGAUUGUUCUGUUCAUGGUGUUUAUUGUGCAGUUAUCUGUAUCCAGUGCCAGCUUGGCUAUCAACAAAGAGCAACAGGAUCACCUGCUAGAAGUGGGCUGGAAUAACUCUCAGAGCACUCAGAGGGAUGUAGAGAAUAGCCUCAACUGCUGCGGCUUCAAACAGGUGGACCCCAACCUCACCUGUGACGCUGCUUGUUUCCCCAACCGCUCCUGUCGGCCCUGUGCAGAUAAGAUCCAGGAACAUGCUGGAGAGGUUCUCCACUUUGUAGGAGGGGUCGGACUCUUUUUCAGCUUUAGUGAAAUUCUAGGAGUGUGGCUCACAUAUCGCUACAGGAACCAGAAGGACCCCCGGGCGAACCCCAGUGCUUUCCUGUGAGACUGCACCAGCUUCAGCCCCUCUGCACUGUCACCUCAACACCUCUAUGGACCUACUCUGGGCUUAAUUGUAAAUACAACACUGUCCUGUGUGUUUUCACUGAUCGUUGCAGUGAUGCUCUUUUGACAUGAUGAGCUUGGUUUGUCAAGAGUGAGAUGUGUUCUGAAAACAAGUGGUUGUGUGUGAAGGAACAGCACAGAUGUUGCCUUCAGUGCGGCAGCUCUGCAUAAGAAAGUGUCUAAACAUAUGCAGUUAGUACACUGAGAACGUGUGGGUGUUAAAGAGGCAAUAAUGUCUACAGCAGUCUGCUGUAUAUUCCAAAAGUAUUGAACAGCCUGUCUGAUGUUGACCCUGAACACAGUUUUUUCCCCUUUCUUGCUGUUGUUUGUCUGCCCCACUGAAUACAAUAAUGUCAACUGCUACUCUGCAUAUUGAUAUGACAACAUUAUUUUGACAAUGUGUGAAAGUAUGCAUAUUGUGUGGACAUUUGUGUGGAGCAAGCUCCUGGCUGUGUGUGGUAUAUUUGGCCUGUUGCAUGACUUUUUUGCGAAUAUCAGCUACUGUAUGAGAGCUGCAAUGAUGUUUCUGUAAACCACCUGUUUGAGCCUUUGUACUGUAGACCGCAAUAAAACAAU